GUCACAUGACCGCAACUAGGAAACGGGGCUUUGAGAGCUAUCAGUAGAGAGUACUUUCUGUUGUCGCUUUUAAGAACUAUCUUUUAUGUUACUCCCUUGCUCGUUGAAAGUAGUUUCAUCAUGAUAAGAGGCAACAUGGGCUCUCCUAACCAGACCUGUGACAGUGGUGUAUCCAUGGACCUCUUCUUGCACUAUUCUCUCAUUCCAUCGUUCGUCAUCGUGGUUGUGCUGUCGGCCCUGCAGAGGAGAUCCAGACACCUGCCCAUUGAUGAGAAGCUCCCCUUUCUCAACAACCGCUUUGGCAUUGUUGUGCCUCUGGACCUCAUGGAGAACCUCAGUAACAGAUGGUCCUAUGGGUUUGCCUUCGGAGCUGUAUCCUCCAGUGUCUUGCUUCUUUUCUCAGAGAAUUACAUGACCUUCAACGUUCCACCCUGGGCCAAAGCUUUUGUGUACCUUAUGGGUGCUCUCGAGGUGGGCCUGGCCUAUUUCCCUUUCUUUGCGUGUCUGUCAACCCCUUGCCGAGAGUUUGGGGCUGUUCUGGGAAUUCUCUACUCUUUGACAUGGAUAAUCAUCACGCUGUGGGAUACAGUGAUGUGUCCCACUGGUAAGAUACUGGGUAGUCACCAGAAGCUAGUCUACCAGUGGCCGACCAUUUUGUCUCUCGUCUUCCUCCUGGGGCGGUUCACGUACAUGCUGGUCAAAGCUGUUCGGAUUCGACUCCAGCUUGAAACUGAGGACCAAGAGCAGCUAAUCCAGUGUCACCAGGCCAAGCAUGUACAGAGGUUGUUGAGGAGGAGCCCUAUUGACCGGAAACUGGAGACCAGUUGGUUCCAGAGGAGGGUAUAUGACUGGGACCCCCACUUCAAGUUCCCUAACAGAAUGAUCGGCACAUCCAUCAUAUCCCUGAUUGGCUUAUACACGAUGACUUUGGCUGACUAUAGUCUCAGUGACUAUGCGUUUGAUAGAUUGGAUGUUCUGAAAGACCAACUGAAGAAGCUGGCUUUUUCCUGCAAUGAGACAGAGAUAUUUGUAGCCAUGAUCCCCCAAUUUGAGGAAUUCACUAACGUUGCCAGAAAGUCCUGGCUAGCCACAACCAUCUUUGCCAGCCUAACGUCUGUGUCAUACACAUUCCAUGUGUUAGCAUGUUACCGGAAACAUCUGAAGAGAUUGUGGGCUGGGGAGAAGGGCUUUCUUCCUGAGAAGUUCCAUAAUCCCAAUUCUGCAGUCAGUGUGGCUGCCAUCACAAGAUACUCCGGAUGGCAAAUAGCAUUUACUUUGUGGGGUUUUCUAAUUGUUCACUUUGUCCAGUUCGUCUUUGCGUUGCUCUUUACCUACGGAGUUGUCCUCCCCAUCCAAAAUGGACGAGUGUUGGAAAUGUUGACCAACAUGGGAACCAUUCUUUUGACCAUAGGUAUCGUUAUAGGAUUGGUUAUACUACAGGUGGUGCUGGUCCAAGUGUUUUUCCUUCAGGACAAGAUCUCACCGUCAGACAGGAAGAAACCUCUGGCACUCAACAACAGGAAGGCGUUCCACAACUUCAACUACUUCUUCUUCUUCUACAACGUUGUGAUGGGCCUGAGUAACUGCAUCCUGCGUCUGCUGACCAGCUGUGUGGUGGGCACCUGGCUGGUGUCACGCAUCGACCGUACCAUCAUGCCGAGGGGAUACGAGUCCAUGGACCCUGGUUACAGCACUUGGAUCGGGAUGAUUUUUGCAGACCACUACCACAACAACCCUGUCAUGGUGUGUUUCUGCCAUCUUCUCCUGUCCAACACCAUGGCGAAACAACAGAGGACCACAGAGGCAGCAUCCUACUCCACGUUCAACAACACACCUUCGCCAGAUUCAGCCCGUGGAAGCCGGGCCAGGCGGAGAUGGAUGCUCCUCUACACCCUGAUGAAGAACCCACGACUGAUCCUCCUGAGGAAGAACAGGACCUCCUCUAGUCCCACUGACCACCAGGAUACUGUGGUCCAAGCCUGGCUGCUGGCCUCUCAGAUCGAACAGAUGGGACAGGCACCAGAGAUGACGGCCACAGCCGCUACAGUUACAUCAGAUCAGACGAUGACCAAUGGGCAGGCAUUAACUGACUGAUUCUGCUCAGGGUUUAUACACACGCAGCCUGAAAUAGUGUAGUACAAUACUAUGAUAUAACAUUUAGUAGACCUACACACAUUUCGAGGACACGUUUUGGCUCAUGAGUGCUACAUUUGAUACUACAGGCCAAUUCGUCUGUAGGCCAAGCUCUUACAAUGUAUUGUAUUGUAUGUGAUGAAUAAUAUGAUUAAUGUAUUGUAAAUUCGGGAAAUACCUACAUAAUUACUCCUACUGUGAAAGAUGACAGGACAAAUGGACACAGUUAUGCUUUUUACCUCAUAAUGGUCUGUUUGUUUUUAGUAGGCCACAUAGCCGCGGGAAGUAGAGGUGCUGAGGGUGCUGCAGCACUCCCUGAAAAAUCAUAAUAAAAAAAUAUACAGUACCAGUCAUAGGUUUGGA